GCGUUUUUUCUAUAUUCGCCAAAUAUGUACACACUUUGAUGGAAAAAGAGAGAAAAAAUUAGGGCCACAAAGAGGUUGCAAACAUAUUUGAUAAAUUCGAAUUAAAUCGACUGCUCGGCGACGGGGCCAUUAAGAUAAAACGUGCCACGCACUGUGCCGAUUCCUUUUGGUAAUAUUCGCCACAUCAAUUGACUACGGGCGCCGUUAGGGAAAGCAGGACAAAUGGCGGAAAACGGAAUGCGUGUCGGCCCAGGGUCAUCGGCGGCGGCUGCCAAUGCGAAUGCUGGCGCCAGCAACGGGGAGCACGAGAAUGAACACAAUGCUGCGGACAACGAGAAGGUGCAGCCGGCGCGUCUAAACGAAUCGGCUCAGAAAUAUAUGCAGGAACUGAUGAGCGAGCGAUCGCGCAUGGAGAGCCAAUUUCCAUUGGCAUUAAAACUAAUUGACGAAGCUUUGGAGAGGGUGCAGCUGAACGGGCGCAUCCCGACGAGAGACCAGUACGCCGAUGUGUACCAGCAGCGGACGAUUAAAUUGUCGCAGAAGGUGCACGUGCCGAUUAAGGAUAAGAAGUUCAACUAUGUUGGCAAGCUGCUUGGCCCCAAGGGCAACUCGCUGCGCCGGCUGCAAGAGGAGACGCAGUGUAAAAUAGUUAUUCUGGGGCGAUUCUCCAUGAAGGAUCGCACACGUGAGGAGGAGCUACGUAAUUCUGCGGACGCCAAAUAUGCCCACCUGAAUCUGCCGCUCCACGUCGAAGUGUCCACCAUAGCGCCACCUGCCGAGGCGUACGCUCGUGUUGCCUAUGCACUGGCCGAGAUCAGGCGGUAUCUUAUACCCGAUAAGCACGAUGACAUUCGUCAGGAGCAGUACCGGGAGCUCAUGGAGGAUCCGGAAGCUGCCAAAAAGUUGACCCUGCGCCAGUUGCAACAGCAGCAGCAGCAGCAACAACAACAACAGCAGCAGCAGCAACAACAACAAUCAACUGCUGCCGGUGGCAGCGGCAACGGCAACAAUCGCUCUGGUGGCAACUACAGACAAAAGUAUCAGCAGCAAUCGCACUAUCAUCACAACGACGAGACUGUCUACUACCGUUCACAUAACAAUGCCUAUCACCAGCCAAAGCCCUAUGUGCCAGCUGCCCAGCGGGGCAAUACAAUGCAUACAACCUUGCCGCCGCAGGGAAUUGUACGCGAUUCACCUUGCAUGGUGGUCAGUUCGGCCAGUUUUAAUGGACGCAACGCUGGCCUGGCCAAUGCCGGCGGCGGUAUAAUGGCAAAUACCAUUGUGGCUACCGCUGGCGGUGGAAUUGGUGGUGCUGUGCCGCCUAUAAGGCAUUACCGUCCCGCUGCCCCAUAUCAAUUUGUCAAGAAAUAAUAUAGAAGCAAUGCGCCGCCGCCUGCCGCUCGCUGUUUGUUCACCAUUUUGUCAUCAUCUCAUCCAAAUGCAUGCCCCGCCUAGCAAUGUGCAUGUGCAUGCGCCGCCAUUUGAUUGGGCUUUGGUCGGUUGAGGCCUCAGCCUGAUCACGCCACACACUGCUCCAAAGGUAGAUGUAAUAAUUAUAGAGACACACACACACCACAUACAAGCACAUACAUUAAAUUUUCACACAUUGACUCUAACAAGAUUUUGAGAGUGGAAAACAAGAGGAAAACCUAACCAAAACGAAAUGAAAUGAGUAAUGUACGUUUAAGAAAUUAGCCUAAGUAGACGAAUGCUCCAAAUGAACACACACACACACAUACACAACGACACCCACAUUUAUACACACACGCACACACUGAUGAACGUUGAUUGGGCUUUCGAUUGAUGACGGGAAACUCGUUAGAUGCCAUUUUUUAUGCUUUCCGUAUUUCGUUUUUUUUUAACUGUGUGUUCUGCUCUGCGAGCGUUUUGUGAACAACUUUUCGUUGUGGAUCGUAACUGUUAUCCAGACGGACCCCCAAUGUGUCUUGAUUUUUAUUUUUGUUUUGUUUCCUUUUUUUUUCUUUUAAUAAUCAUUGACGCAUUUGCACGUUUAUCAUUUCAUAUUUAUAUAAACACACACACAUAUAUAUAUAUAUAUAUAUAUAUGUAUAUUUAAUGCAUACGUACGAAUUAACGAUUUAUUUAAUCAUUUCUUCAAUGCAACAAUUUUUAACAAGUUCGUUAACGAUGAGGAGGCUUUUUAUUUGUUACGUUGCGCAGACAAGUCAAAUUUUAAUUGGAAACCGCGUCGGACAUAACAGAAACAUGUUUUACUUUGCGUGUAGUAUAUA